ACCCCAACAUGUGUAUUCGAUCCUGCCAAGGGACAGUUCUGCUAAUAUGGGUGUUCUUGGUCUGGGCCCAGAAUGCAGAGACAACAGGCAAAGUGCAGGAGGAUUGAUGAGGAUUCAUCCCUCCCUCCUGCCAUUUAGAAAGAAGUCAACAACUCCACCCAGCAAGCUUGAAUCUCAUUUGCUCACUUGACACACUCAUAUGUAUGCAGGUAAAAAUGCUGACUGCUAGUAAAGAGAUACUGCUUUUAACAUUCUGCAUGAUGGAGGUGUAUUGCAGUGGAAUUCAAGUUGAUCCGCCUGAGGAGAUUCAACUCAUAGAUCGUGGACAUCUGGGAUAUCUGGAGAUUACAUGGAGUCUCCCAGCCAGUUUAAUUGAUAUGCAGGAAUGUCCUAUACGUUACCAGUUGGAGUACCACAACAUACGUGUACAAAGUUGGACUGUUAUUAAGACAAUCCACAGGACGUACAGUGACCAGUUUGAUCUGAUGAACGACAUCCGGGUGAGAGUGUACACCUUGCUGGGUGGACACUGCACUAAUAACACUUGGGUGCGGAGCGCUAACUACACAGAACUGGUGCAGAAUUCUCAAAGCACAGGUCUGCAGGGCAGUGGAGUGAAGAAUUUUAGGUGUGUGUUUUAUAACAUGGAGAAUAUGAUCUGUACAUGGAAAAGAAACAUCACAUCUCCAAGCAGCUUACAGUUAUAUCUUUAUUACUGGCACACAGAACUGGAGAAGACAGAAGAGUGUCCUGAUUACAUCGCUACAAAUGGAGUUAGAAGUGGAUGCAACUUCACAAAAAGACCUCUCCCACUAUUUACUGAUGUCAAUUUAUGUGUCAACGGCUCCUCACCCAAAGGCCCCUUGAAGCCUACAUAUAUUUCCAUACAAAUCCAAAACUAUGUGAAGCCUGAUCCUGCCGACAAGCCACACCUGCUUUCACACACUCCACUCAAGUUGACCUGGAAUAAACCUCAUGGAAAAGUUCCUGAACACUGCCUGGAAUAUGAGUUGGAACACACCAGAGUGAAUCCUGGCGGGAAAUAUGAAUCGGAGCGGAUUUCCACCAUGCUUACAAGCCAGACUUUUCCUACUUCUGGCGAAGAAAGAAACUGCUUCAAAGUUCGCUGUAAGUUGCACACAUAUUGUGCAGAGGGAAGCUUCUGGAGUAAGUGGAGUGACAAGACAUGUUACGGACAUAUUAAAAAGGUACAAGACAUGAAAAAAACCCACAAAAAACACUGACAUGUUCUCUGUAAGUGUGCUUCUUAUAAUUAAUUUUCCUUUGUCAAUUGUCUUUCCACGAUGACACUUUUUUGACCAAGACCUGAGGACAUACAACAUGUAAAAGGAAUAUCAUAAUGCAAAAAAAAAAACAUUUUCUAAUCAUG